AUGGCUGAAAAUUACAUGAUUUCAGAUAGUCGAAUUGUGAAUAUGGAGGAAAUCUAGGACAUCAAGGACUAUAUACUUUGUGGAAUAUGCUAUCAAGUUGUGACAGAGGAAAGAGAACCAGUUGAAUGCAAUAAAUGCCAUAACUAAUUAUUUUGUUCUCAAUGCAUUUCGGGGUGGGCUAAAACCAACUAAAGCUGUCCAUAUUGCCACGCAGGCAGUGCUCAAUACGUUGACAUCUCUCCACUGCUUCUAAAUAUGAUCAAAGGCAUAAAAUACUUCUGCUAGUUUCAAAGCAAGGGUUGUGGGGAAACUCACUCGAUGAAAACUCUAAUGAAGCAUGAAUUCCAAUGUAGCUAUGGGCUUGAAGACACUAAUAAUCAAGAUAAAUUAACUGAAUGUGCUUUUUGUCGCUAAGCCCUUCCCAGCAAUCAAGACUACUUUGAUGAGAAUCAAGCUUUCUUGCAAUAGUAAUUCAAUUCUAAUGAAGAACAUUUCUGUGUGGAGGUUGAAAAAUCUUGGUGUCAUAGGCAUAGAGAGAUUGGUAUGAGGUAUGAUGAAAGCAGGAUAGCAAAUUUAGGGGAGUUCCAAAGAUACUUUGAACUGUUCAAAUGCAAUCUUUGCCAUCAACUGCUGCGAAAUCCAUAGGCAUGCAAAACCUGCAAGAUAAACUACUGCAAGCACUGUAUCUCAAACCAGCUGAUAUUGAGAAAUGCUUGUCCUUCGUGCUAUCAACCAAACCCAUCUUACUCUAAAAUACCUAGAAACUUGUUUCACCUUCUUAGCAGAUUUAAAAUCUACUGCAAAAAUAAAGGAGAGGGCUGCAAUGAGAUAUUACUUUAUGAAUCUGUUGAGAAACAUGAAAAUACCUGCAGGUAAUGCUUACUUUGUAAAGUCAAGUGCCUUAAGUGUGAAUAAGUGAUUCAGAUAGAAGAUUAGCCCUCUCAUUAGUGUCAUAUAAAGCUGAACUAAGUUUAAGAUGCAAUAUAUGAUGCGCCUGUCCUUGAUGGCUUGGAGAAUUCAUCAUUAAACAGCAUUGAAGAUAACGAUCAUUAUCAUUAAGAGCAUGGAGAUUUUCGACAAAGAAUGUCAUAUUGCAAAAGAAUGAAAAAAGACACACAGUAGUACGUAUCACAAUGCCCUUUUAUCCUGACUAUGAUAAUCAUGCUUAUUGAUUUCGCUGUUUAGAAUGCAUUGCUGACAUUCUAUAUUCUGUACUAUAUAUUUGAAGACUUUAUUAAUGAGCCAACCAGAAGAGCUCAACUUGCUUUUACCAUAAUCUACUUCAUUGUGACAUUUAUACCAUUUUAUUUCUCAGUAUUUACACCAACCAAAGAAAUCUAGGUUCUUAGCUAAAAGCUUGGGCUGAUGAUUGGCUGUUUAUUGUCAGCUCAUUUCUUAUUCUUUAUAUUCGGCCCAUUCGUCUCUGGAUUUAGAGACUUAAAUUACAGGCUGAGAGAAAGUAUGAUAGAAAGCACUAUUUGCAGAAAUAUUGCUUAGAUUUUUAUUCAAGUCACGUUCAUUACUAUUUUAGCUAUUAAUGAGGUGGACACUGCAAUAAAAGGACUGACUAUUGGUCUAAGCAGCUUUUUGAUUUUGUGGAAUGUAGUUGUUUGCAUUACUAUCAAUUUUAAACAAUGA